AAGAAGAAGAAGUCAAAGACCAAAAAGGAAAAGAAAGACAAGGAGAAGGACGGCAAGAAGAAGAACAAGGACAAGGAAAAAGACAGUAAGAGCAAAAAGAAAAACAAGGAUGCUGUAAAAGAAUGCAAGGAGAAUGGCAGCCCAAAGAAAAAGAAAGUCAAAGAAGAGGAGGAAGAGCACAUUUGGAAAUGGUGGGAGGACAUGGCGAGACCUGACGGCAUGGACAAGUGGAAAACUCUGGAGCACAACGGACCCGUUUUUCCGCCCGACUAUGAACCUCUACCCAGCAACGUGCGAUUUUACUACAACGGCAAGGUGGUGCAUCUUUCACCUUUGGCUGAAGAGGUAGCUGGCUUUUACGGGCGAAUGCUUGAUCACGAGUACACCUCAAAAGAUGUGUUCAAUAAGAACUUUUUUAAAGACUGGCGAAAGACAAUGACUGAAGACGAGAAGGAGCUGAUCACUGAUUUGAAGCUGUGCAACUUCAAAGAGAUCGAUAUUUAUUACAAGGAGCAGUCGGAAAAGCGGAAAGCAAUGACGAAGGAAGAGAAGCUGGAGCUGAAGCAGAAAAACGAGGAAAUAACCCUAAAGUACGGCUUCUGUCUGCUUGACGGUCACAAACAAAAGAUCGGCAACUUCCGCAUUGAGCCGCCGGGUUUGUUUCGAGGCCGAGGUGAGCAUCCUAAGAUGGGAAAGCUUAAGAAGCGCGUUCAGCCUGAGGAUAUCAUUAUAAAUAUCGGCGAAAAGGCGAAAAUACCCUCCCCACCAGCGGGGCACAAGUGGAAGGAGGUGAAACACGACAAAACAGUCUCCUGGCUGGCCUCAUGGACCGAGAACAUCAUGGGCAAUGUCAAGUACAUCAUGCUGAACCCCUCCUCAAAGCUUAAGAGCAUCAAAGACUUUGAAAAGUACGAGAAGGCUCGCAAGCUUAAGAAUGAAGUCGGCGCAAUUCGGUCCCAGUAUCGUGCCGACUUUAAAUCUCGCGAAAUGGUGGUACGCCAACGAGCUGUUGCUCUCUACUUUAUUGACAAACUUGCACUUCGAGCCGGUAACGAGAAGGAAGAGGGCGAAACAGCCGACACUGUCGGCUGCUGUUCACUGCGCGUGGAGCACAUUCAACUGCACGAGGAGAAGGACGGCAAGCAGUACGUCGUCGACUUUGACUUUCUCGGCAAGGAUUCCAUUCGAUAUUCCAACUCGGUGGCAGUGGAGAAGCGUGUGUUCAAAAACCUGAAGCACUUUAUCCAGGGCAAAUCACCCAGUGAUGACCUCUUUGACCGCUUGAAUACGUCGAGCUUGAAUAAGCAUCUAGCCUCGCUGAUGGAGGAUCUCACUGCAAAGGUGUUCCGUACUUACAACGCUUCCCAAACGCUACAAAAUCAACUGAAUGAACUGACAAAGGAAGGCAUGACCGAGCCGGAGCUCCUACUCGCCUACAAUCGCGCCAACCGAUCAGUUGCCGUGCUUUGCAACCAUCAACGUGCAGUUCCUAAAACUUUCGACAAGCAGAUGGAGAACUUGCAGGUCAAAAUCAAGGAGAAGAAAGCGCAAAUCAAGGAGACAAAGAAACUGUACAAGGAAGCUAAAGGUGAUGCAAAGGAUAAGCUGAAGAAGAAGCUUAAAACGCUUGAGGAUGGCAUGAAAAAACUUGAAGUACAAAGAGUCGACAAGGAGGAGAACAAGCAAAUUGCUCUCGGAACUUCAAAGCUCAACUAUUUGGAUCCUCGAAUCAGCGUUGCCUGGUGUAAAAAGUGGAACGUAAAAAUCGAAAAGAUUUACAACAAAACACAACGUGAUAAGUUUCGCUGGGCGAUUGAGAUGGCCGGACCUGAUUAUCAGUUUUAG